AUGGUCAACCCCAUCAUGUUCUUCGACAUGGCGGCCGAUGGCGAGCCCUUGGGCCGCGUCUCCUUCGAGCUGUUUGCAGACAAAGUUCCAAAAACAGCAGAAAACUUUCGUGCUCUGAGCACUGGAGAGAAAGGAUUUGGAUAUAAGGGUUCUUCCUUUCACAGGAUUAUUCCAGGAUUCAUGUGCCAGGUGGUGACUUCACACGUCAUAAUGGCACUGGCAGCAGAUCCUUCUACAGAGAAAAAAUUUGAGGAUGAGAGCUUCAUCCUGAAGCAUACAGGUCCUGGCAUCUUGUCCAUGGCAAAUACUGGACCAAACACAAACGGUUCCUAG